UUUCGCUGGUGGUCAUUAAACUCUGGUUAGUAUCCACCGAGCGAGCGCCUGUCCCAAUGGAGGAGCGUCUACAGCGGACCGGUUGCCUUCGGAAAUCAUUUGAGAGAAUACAUCUUUUUCAUUGGACCUCCUCUCUCCUGAUGUAAGGAUCUACUUUUUGAAAGGACUAGUUUAACUUCCACCCCUUCGCAGCACCCGCGUUAUCGCACCGAUACCCCUCUGAUGUCCGCCCGGUAGCAGCAACAACCGCAGCUUCCCCAGACCCCCAUCGCGUGCCACUUGCCAAUGCAAACCAAGCAUAAGUGGGGUGAAGCGCUCCGUGGGUCUCCCUCCUCUAUGGCCUCUUUUCCCUCCAUCCCAUCCCCCCUUCCCCUCCUCUCCCUCUUCCUCCUCCUCUCCAUCCCUCCAGUGGCUCCUAUCCAGCCCCAAUGGCCCCUGCAACGCGUCCCUGUGGUCUUACCCCAGGUGACAGAGGACCGACCCGCCCCUCACUUCCAGGCUGAUGCCCGAUUGGACGUCGCCUCCCCAUGUGACCCAGAAUGUCACAAGAAGGCUCUUCCCCCCAGCUACUGGGACCUGCGUAGCAUCCUGUCAUACGAGACACUCCAUAGCAACGGUCGCCUCACGGAAACCGCCGUGGGGAUCUACGGGUACACUGCCCGCACCCAGACCACGCCGGCACUGCCUUCCCGACGCAAACGUCAGAUCUUUGGCCAUGACGGGCGUUUCAGCAUUGUAGGGCAAGACUUCCUGUUGAACUACCCAUUCUCUGCAGCGGUCAAGCUGUCCACCGGGUGUUCCGGAACACUGGUGGGCGACCGGCACGUUCUGACCGCCGCCCACUGCGUCCACGACGGGAAGAACUACGUGAAGGGGGCGCAAAAGCUCCGGGUGGGUUUCCUGAAGCCAAAGCAGCGUGACUCUCCCAAUCCGGCCUCUGCCACCAAUGCAUCCAACACCCAUCCAUCACCCCCAGAUAAGAUGAAGUUCCAGUGGAUUCGUGCCAAGCGCACCCACGUGCCCAAAGGCUGGAUCAAGGGCAACGGCAACGACAUCGGAAUGGACUACGACUACGCCUUGUUAGAGCUCAAGAAGGCCCACAAACGACGCCACAUGAAGCUGGGCGUCUCCCCGCCGGCGAAGCAGCUGCCCGGGCGCAGGGUCCAAUUCUCCGGCUAUGACAACGACCGGCCGGGCCAGCUGGUCUACCGGUUCUGCCGGGCUGGAGAGGAGACGCCAGACCUGCUCUACCAGCACUGUGACGCCCAGCCCGGGGCCAGCGGCUCGGGGAUCUACGCUCGUAUGUGGGACCGGAGGAGGCGGCGCUGGGAGAGGAAGGUGAUCGGGGUGUUCUCAGGGCACCAGUGGGUGGAUCGAGACGGGGCGUCGCAAGAGUUUAACGUGGCGGUGAGGGUGACGCCUCUGAAAUACGCCCAGAUCUGCUACUGGAUCAAAGGAAACUAUGUAGACUGCCGAGAAGGAUGAGGAAGAGGUGGACAUGUCAUGCACAUACUGUACACACACACACACACACGGAGGAUUGAUGGAGGACAAAGGGGGUCUUCACUUCCCUUGCUGAGGAAGUUUACAAGUGGACAUGUCAUUCAUACACAUGCAGAACACACUUCAUCAUGCAUUAAUACUGUUUCAUUACUAAUACAUACCAUCGUUCUGCAUGCAGAGACAUCCCACCCAACACACAACUAGAACGACUCACAUUUACAUCCAGGAAGUCCUACUGUACAUACAUACAUCCUCACUAACCCUUUCCGUCGUACAUUAAAUAAAAUGUAAAACAUGUAUUCGUGCCCUUCUUACUGCAUGAUCAACACUGUGCUUUGAAACACAACUGAAAGGUGUUAUGACUGAGCUUCAGAAGAUGGCUUUGACCAGGGACUCCCUGUACUUCAGAAGAUGGCUUAGACCAGGGACUCCCUGUACUUCAGAAGAUGGCUUUGACCAGGGACUCCCUGUACUUCAGAAGAUGGCUUUGACCAGGGACUCCCUGUACUUCAGAAGAUGGCUUUGACCAGGGACUCCCUGGACCAGCAUGUUAUGACUGAGCUUCAGAAGAGGGCUUAGACCAGGGACUCCCUGGACCAGCGUGUUAUGACUGAGCUUCAGAAGAUGGCUUAGACCAGGGACUCCCUGGACCAGCGUGUUAUGACUGAGCUUCAGAAGAUGGCUUUGACCAGGGACUCCCUGGACCAGCAUGUUAUGACUGAGCUUCAGAAGAUGGCUUUGACCAGGGACUCCCUGGACCAGCGUGUUAUGAUGGUGAAGAGAACAUUUAAUGCACUGAAAGAAAGGAUGAAAUAGGAGGAGGAACAAGAAGAUGUGUAAGAGAUUGGUGGAGAGAGAGAGACAGAUGCAGUUUCACUGCUAAUUCUAUAGAUUGUCAGAGCUCUGUUGGGACAACUUUUUUUUUCUGUUAUUGCCAAUGAAUGUAACCCUGUCAUCAACCAAAGGUGCUACCCUGCUCUUAAAAAAAUGUCAACUCAAGGUAUAGACUGUCACAGUACAAACGGUUGGUGUUUCAAAUGGACCCAAGUCAAAUAUCCAUAGCUCCCUCUGCUGGGCCAAAUACAACACUACAGGCCACUUUGAUGACAGCAGAGUGUUGACUCUGGAACACUGACCCUCAACUACUCAUGAUAUGCACUUUGUCAAACCUUAUGGGUGAGCUAUUUUUCUGUUUCAAAAACAACUGUGCAGCAAUAUAUAUAUAUCAACUUUAUAAUGCUUUGGAAUAAAAUGCAUAAUG